AUGGAAACACCCUUCUACGGCGAUGAGGCGCUGAGCGGCCUGGGCGGCGGCGGCAGUAGCAGUGGCGGCGGUGGCAGCUUCGCGUCCCCGGGUCGUCUGUUCCCCGGGGCGCCCCCGACGGCGGCGGCCGGCAGCAUGAUGAAGAAGGACGCGCUGACGCUGAGCUUAAGUGAACAGGUGGCGGCAGCGCUCAAGCCCGCGGCCGCGCCUCCCCCGGGCCCUUUGCGCACCGACGGCGCCCCGGGCACGGCGCCCCCCGACGGUCUGCUUGCCUCGCCCGACUUGGGUCUGCUCAAGCUCGCCUCGCCCGAGCUCGAGCGCCUCAUCAUCCAGUCCAACGGGCUGGUUACCACCACGCCGACGAGCACGCAGUUCCUCUAUCCCAAGGUGGCGGCCAGCGAGGAGCAGGAGUUCGCCGAGGGCUUCGUCAAGGCCCUAGAGGACUUACACAAGCAAAAUCAGCUGGGCGCGGGCGCGGCCUCUGCUGCAGCCGCCGCCGGGGGACCUUCGGGCACGGCUGCGGGCGCCGCGCCUCCCAGCGAGUUGGCCCCAGCGGCGGCCACGCCCGAGGCGCCCGUCUACGCGAACCUGAGCAGCUACGCGGGCGGCACCGGGAGUGCUGGGGGUGCUGCGACGGUCGCCUUCGCCGCGGAGCCCGUGCCCUUCCCACCGCCGCCACCCCCAGGCACGUUGGGGCCGCCGCGCCUGGCCGCGCUCAAGGAUGAACCGCAGACGGUGCCCGACGUGCCGAGCUUCGGCGAGAGCCCGCCGCUGUCGCCCAUCGACAUGGACACGCAAGAGCGCAUUAAGGCAGAGCGCAAGCGUCUGCGCAACCGCAUCGCUGCCUCCAAGUGCCGCAAGCGCAAGCUGGAGCGCAUCUCGCGCCUCGAGGAGAAAGUGAAGACGCUCAAGAGCCAGAACACGGAGCUGGCGUCCACGGCGAGCCUGCUGCGCGAGCAGGUGGCGCAGCUCAAGCAGAAGGUCCUCAGCCACGUCAACAGCGGCUGCCAGCUGCUGCCCCAGCACCAGGUGCCCGCGUACUGA